GUUUUACUGUAAUUUCAGAAACAGGUCUCCUUAUUUCUGUUGCUGGGUCUUAGUUUCUGAGAAAAGAACCAUCAUUGGCCCUCUUCUUUUAUUGAAAUUGACAGAGUGGGUCUUAUGUCUUCCUGAAAUUUCAGAAAAAGGUACAUGGUUUGGUUUGUGGCUGCUUGAUUUAAGAUCUGUUUCCCAGCUUGUUUAGAGAAGAAUUUGAGCUGUAAUAUGGCUGGGAUUGAUGACAAUGUCGCUGUUAUUGGAGAUUGGGUGCCUCCCAACCCCAGCCCCAGGACUUUUUUCUCCUCUUUCUUAGGUGAUGAUUUCAGUUCAAGAUCGUUCCUGGAUUUUCUACCAGAGAACAGGAACAAGACGCCCUUGCCUGGAUCCGAAAAGCAGGAAGUGGCAGAAAAUACUCAGGAUGAAGGAGAUGAGAUCCGAGAUGGGCUUUCUAGUGAUCUUUUGUCGGAAUCGAGUAUGUUUUCCAGUCAGAAACCGGGCUUGCGAGGCGGUCUUGCUGAGAGGAUGGCAGCAAGAGCUGGGUUCAAUGCUCCUAAGCUGAAUACCGCAAGGAUUAGAUCGGCUAAUUUGUUAUCUUCUUCAUCCCCAGAAGUUCAGUCUCCUUACCUGACAAUUUCUCCGGGUCUUAGUCCAACAACAUUGCUUGAUUCCCCUGUUUUCCUUUCGAAUUCUCUGGUUCAACAGUCUCCCACAACAGGCACAUUUCCCUUUGCGCCAUUUAAUAGCAGGAGCUCAAUGUCACUAUCAGCAGCACCAGAUAAUAAUAAAGAUGUUCAAUUAGAAGAUGUUGAUACUGCACCUUUUGUGUUCAAACCUCACAUGGAGUCAAAUCUCUCAUACUUCCCGAGCACAGCAAACAAAGUAGCUUCGGCCCAUUUUCACCCACUAACUUUGCCUAGCACUGAGGCGUCCAUUGAAACAAAUAACCCUAUUCAGGCUCAAAGACUGGAAGCUACCAAGGCCCACUCUCACAAUCGACAAGAAUUCCAUCCACAGGCAGAGUUCCCUGAACCAUCAUCCAUUGGAAAAGAUACCGUGGGUAAUGCCACAACCGAUCUGAGAGCAUCUGAUCUUUCUCCUCCAUCUGAUGAUCAAGAUGAUGGGGAAGGAGAUCAGAGAGAAGUACCUUCCAUGGUCAUCAGUGCACCGUCCGAUGAUGGAUAUAAUUGGAGGAAGUAUGGGCAGAAACAGGUGAAAGGCAGUGAAUUUCCCAGAAGCUAUUACAAGUGCACGCAUCCAAAUUGCCAGGUGAAGAAAAAGGUGGAACGCUCUCUAGAGGGCCACAUUACGGAAAUCAUCUACAAGGGAGCCCAUAACCAUCCCAAGCCUCCACCAAAUCGCCGACUGGUUGUUGGGUCCUCUCACCCACCAGGUGACACAGACACUGCUGAGCAGCAUGGUGCACAUGCCGGUGGAGAGCCUAUGUGGGCGGGUACGCAGAAUGGAGCUGCCAUUGCUGGUUUCGAAGGGAGGCAUGAUGGUGUGGAGACAGCAUCACCUGCAUCUGUGGCCACUGAAUUCUACGACCGAGCUUCCUCUAUGCCAGCACGAAAUGGUCCUCAAUUUGAAUCUGCUGAUGCCAUAGACGUUUCAUCCACCCUGUCCAAUGAUGAGGAUGAGGAUGAUCGGGGGACGCAUGGCAGCAUUUCAUUGGGUCAUGAUGAGAAUGGUGAUGAAUCUGAGUCAAAAAGAAGGAAGUUAGAUACUUCUGCAAUGGAGAUGAGUGGGGCGUCAAGAGCAGUUCGAGAACCAAGAGUUGUUGUCCAAACAACUAGUGAGGUCGACAUCCUGGACGACGGGUAUCGCUGGCGCAAGUAUGGGCAGAAAGUCGUCAAAGGAAAUCCAAAUCCAAGGAGCUACUACAAGUGCACAAAUGCAGGUUGCACAGUUAGGAAGCACGUGGAACGGGCCUCCCAUGACCUCAAGUCGGUAAUCACCACUUAUGAAGGAAAACACAAUCACGAUGUUCCAGCUGCAAGGAACAGCAGCCACAUCAGCUCCAUGGCCUCUAGCGCUGCACCUGCUGCAGCUGCCCAAGCUCACAUUGUCAGGCCAGAGCCAUCUCAACCCCACAAUGGCAUGGCAAGGUUCGAAGGCCCCACACCUAUUGGCACAUUUGGUCUGGCCGGAAGACAGCCAUUGGGUCCCACACCCGGCUUCUCUUUCGGAAUGAAUCAACAAGGCCUGGCCAGCCUGGCAAUGGCUGGAUUAGGACCUGGCCAAGCGAAGCCACCGUCUCUACCAAUUCAUUCAUAUAUAGGACAACAAAAGGCGACUGAACUGGGAUUCAUGAUGCCAAAAGGAGAACCUAAGGAGGAGCCCAUGUUACAAUCCAGCCAUCCUGUCGCGAAGGGGUCAUCCAUUUAUCAUCAGAUCAUGAGCAGGUUGCCUUUAGGGCAUCAGCUGUAAAUAACAAAAGAAGAGGGAUUUUCUUGUUGUAUAUGCUCGAAAUUUUACUGUAAUAAUUUCUUCUACAUAUGAUAUUUAAAAAUACAUUUGUUGUUUCAAGCAA